AUGGCGGACUGCGCUCCACUAUUAGAUGAGGAACUCUCGUCCUUUGUCUUCAAUUACCUGACAGAAAACUCCGGUAGCCAGUAUGGGGAGGAGGAGGUGUGUUCGGACCGAUUGGACACUGACUUUCCGGACAUCGACCUCUCCCAGCUGGACACCAGUGACUUCGACAGCGUUAACUGUCUCAGCGAGCUACAGUGGUGCAACGAUCAGCCAGCAGACGCUUCGCCCGCCUCCAUCCACUACAGUACGGCAGAUGAGCUCUUUGAGAUAGAAGAGGAGAACGCGGCUCUGCUGGCCGCUCUGACCGACAGUUUGGAUGGCAUGGUGGAUGCAGAAGUGGGCGGGCUCUCCGUCUUCCCCGCCCUGGGGGAGGAACCUGACCAGGAAGAAGAAGAAGAGGACAAUCUUCCUCUGAAGGCUGAGGAAUUCAGCCAGUCCCUUGGGGCCGAGACCGAGGACCCAUCUCUACUGAUGAAGCUGCUGCUGACUCCUCCAAACGUACCCACGGGCAUUGACGCACACAAAGAUCGAGUCCAUGGCCAUCGUUAUAUUAACAGAACACCGCACCUACGGCCGGUCAGACCUCUGGUCAAGAGCGACCUUCCUCAGGAGCGUAAGCCUCGAGCUGUACGUCCAGCAGGUCGCCUGUGCACUGAGCUCCACCGCCACCUUACAACCGCCCAGGACUCCGAGGAUGCCCCGGCCCCAGACACAGAGGAGGACGAAGAAGAAGAAGAGGACGAGGACAGUGAGUCCGAGGAGGAUGAAGAGGAAGAAGGAGAGGAGGAAGAGGAGGAGUCUUCCAGCAGUGAGGUAGAGGGCGCCGCAGUUGCACCGACUGCCCCCGUUGAGCCAGCAAAGCCUCAGUUCAGCUCAGAGAAAGAACUGCACUCAGUGGUGGAGCUGAUCACGUACAUGCACACCUACUGCCUGCCCACACGCAAGCAGCAGGGCUGGGAGCGCAAGGACCGAGACCUCCAGAGGCCUCGGGCCAAACCUGAAGCCUCCCGUCAGGCCGCCACAAACUCUCACAGCAGAGUUGUCUUGGUGGCUACUCCUGGGACUAGUGGGGGCGUGACUGGGACAGGUAACGGUGCCCCAAGGAGGCUCCCGUUUGCGAGGCGAAGGGAGAUGAAAGCCGACUCCCUUCUCCGUGAGCUCCUGCAGCAGAGCAGCUCUUAUGAUGUGAGCAAGCCUUACAGACUGCACAGCCCUCCUUACACCCACUCACACAGCCCCAACAGAGGAGGAGCAUCUGCCCCUUCUGUUCCGGCUAAAUCAGCUCCUACCCUCUCCCCCAGCUCCACCACGCCCAAACUGGAGCUUCGUAAAGACUCUUCCUCCCCUGAGAGGAGAAACUCUUCCCCAGAGACUCCUCAAAUCCCAGAGGAGUCAGCAGAGGACAGCGGCUCCUUCUCGGUUCGUCGAUCUCGACGUCUGGCCUCCUUCCCGAGCCGCUUCGCCAAGAGGCUGCGGCCUGGACGUGCAAGGGAAGGAGAGGGGAAGAGCAGAGAGGAGAAAGAAGAGGGACGAGCGGGAGUCAAACUUCUGCCUACCCAAGCUGGAGGAGUUACCACGAUGGAGUCGGAUCACCUAAUGUCAGGUGACAGCAGCACCAGUACGAUGGAGAUGGAUAAACCAUGCUGCCACAAUGAAAAGCGAGCUUGCCUCUGUCUGCCUCUCAACCCAAAGUCCACAGGAGAGUCGCAGUACAGCACCAAGCCUUUUGAGCAGACGCUCAGUGUGGAUCUGUGUGGGACGGCAGGUCUCACCCCUCCCACCACCCCACCUCACAAACCUGUGGAGGAUGAGCUCUUCAAACCAGCAGAGGGAGGAAAAGGUGGAGAGGGAGCGGGCGGAGGCAGCAGUGGGGAUGGUGGAGGAGGAUGCAGCGAGUCUGUUCACCAAACCACAAACACCAACACCAACGUUCCCACAAAAGGCUCGUCCUGGCUGAGCCGUACCCACCAUCAGCGGAAGCUUCCAGAGCAGACGGAGCUAUACGCCCAACUCCGACGCAUGGGCCAGGCGGGUGACAGCGACACCCAUCGCACUUUUGGCGACCACGACUACUGUGCGCUGAGCCUCGGGGAGAGCCGCAAGCGGAGCGCUGCUAUGCUUGGUGCCAUGUUGCAGGCACAAGGAAGCAGCGAUGCAGUCAGUAACCCAGCACCCAAAAUAGUCGAUGAUCAGGUUUUGGAUGAAAAGGGUGCAGAGGGCGAAGAACGGCUUGUGGUAUCAGAAGUCGAAGAACCGCUUGAGAAGCAGACAAUGACAGUAGUGAUAUCAUCAUCGCCACCAUCAGACUGCCAGCCCGAUGCUGCCACGCCUCCGGCCUCGGAGGAGGAGGCAGAGCGCUCGUCUGCUUCCCGCUCACCUUCGCCCAUCCUCCACCUGUGUCCCGACUCGCCAGCCAGCAAGACGGACUCCAGUGAGAACUCGGAGAUCUGUCCUGACGACAAGCAGAGGAACAAAGCCAAGUCUGACGAGGACAACUGCCAGGUGUUUUACAUCCACAACCUGCCAAGCAGCGUGACCCAGAACAUGCUGAGGAAACGCUUCCAGGUCUUCGGCAAACCGGAGGACUGCAAAGUCAUCAUCUGCAACGAGGAGCGCUGCGGGGUGAUAAAGAUUCGUCAACAAGGGGUCCAAAGACACCGGAGAGAGCGGGAAACUGUUUUCCAGAAUGGACCUGCAGGCCUAAGGAGGCUGACAAGAAAACGCUACAUAGAUCUGGAUGAGGCAGGUCCUGGCCCUGUGAAGAGCAAGUAUGACGCACUGGACUUUGACACUCUGCUGAAGGAGGCCCAGAAGUCCCUGCACCGCUGACGGCACAGUGCCCCCGACUGGCCAGCCUUAGUAAACUGCAGCAUCACCCCUCUGACUACACGGCUCUGCUCUCCGACAAGCCUCUCAGUACCUCCAUGCAAGGCAACCUCGCAAAAUGUUUACAUUUUUACCAUUGGAAUAACGAUAAGAACCUUGUUUUUUUAAGUUUCUUUCACCGGAGGAUACUGCUUAAAAAACGAGGAAGCCACUGAGCAUUCGGAGGAGUUACGAGACGUUGGAGGAAAUGGGACUUUAAACUGUAAUGGUACAAACAAUGAUGCUACUGUUCUCUGCUGAACAACAAUAACAAAGUUGUAUGUGUUGGUGACAUCACUGCCCGCCUUGGGAGAGCGGGCGUGAGAGACAUCUGUAGCAAAUCCUUGCUAUUCCUGCGUUGCGUUGGUCGUCGUGGUGUGCGUUUCUGCGUGUGCGUGUUCUUUGUUCUGUUUGUUUUGUAAAAAAGAAAAAGAAAAACCUCCCUCUUUCCGGUUACGGGUGGUGAACCUGCAAGCUGUGUUCACCAUGAAGUCGUGUGGUUGUAUAACCAGAAAAAAAAAAACCCUGCUUUGUUUUAGCGAAAAAUUGUGGAUGUUAAAAAUUUUAAAAUCUAUUGUGUGUGUGUUAUGGACAAAGAAUAUAUAUAUAAAAAAACAUUUAACGUAAUCAUUUGAUGACUGAUAAAGUUUACAAAUCUAAAAUGAAGAAGAAAAAAAUCAUGUUUUUUUCUUUUUUGUAAUUGUAGUGCUUCCUUGAUUUGAUCUAUGCACUGUAAGGAGGUAAAUGUCUCCGCUGUCCUCCACUUCCCCCCCUUUGAAUCUGUUCUCUAACUCUGCCAUGCUGAAUAUUUUGGCUUCUGCUACUGGCUGCUGCAGGCUCUGUUGGGUAGGUGUUCAGUACAUUAAGACCCCAGCUAGGCACUGGAAAAAUCACCUGGAAAUCAACCAAAAUGAGAAAUAAUUACCACUUAUUGCAAGAGAACUCCAUGUACUGGUUAGGUUUUUAUUUUUUGGUCAACUUGCCUAUCAAGUUGUUAAAACAAUUAUCCAAUCAGUGCAUAUUACAUUGGUUUAAUGGCGAUGGAUUCUAAUGUUGUCUAAACUUGGUUGAAUCAGUUGAACCAACUCCUUUGAGCUGAAACAAUGGCUAUAGCAGGAAUUUGGCAAGUGUGGUAAAUGUGUUAUGAAAUCCAACUAAUGUCAUAACCAAACCAACACCGCAGUUCUGCCACUUUGAAAUUUCUUUGGCAAAGUAAGACUGGCCACACACUAGACGAUUUUAGACCUGAUUUUGGGCUCAAUUUUCCCAAAUUUGGAAUCAUAAAUAAAGAUUCCACAUCAGAAAGCCUCCGAUGCAACAUCCACAACAACCAUUUGGAGUCUAUGGACCGGGAGGCAACACCAAGUGGAUGUUGCAUACAUUUCCAGCUAACAAACAGGGCAGGGACAUAUACACAACUGCACCCUGAGCCAAGUGGAAUACUGACAAAGACAACCAAGUUGCAGAAUUAAGGCUACAACACAAGUGCUGAGCCAGUUGACGACACUGAUUGUCCUCCAUAUUUGUUAAUAUUUUGGAGUUUCUGUAGGAUCCCAUGUCUGUAGUAUUUUCUCUGUAAAUUGUUACUACAAACAGCAGGUGCAUGCAUACUUUUAAGUCGACACUAGAAUUACUAGGUAGCAAAAGCAAUUAUACUUUUCACCAGUUCAGGCCCACAAUAUAAACCAUAAUACGGCCAUUUGCCAGUAGUAGCUGCUGUAGCUUCUGUAAAUGGCUAAAAACAUGCAGCCAUAGUGCUCUUUAACGUGGUUAACAACAUUGACCCGAUACUAACUUGUAGGAAGAAUGCAGUUUUGCUGGAUUUUGAUCUUGAACAUGGUUAUGUUCACAUAUAACUACUGAGCGACCAUCCAUAAAAGUAGCCUGCAAAGAGGAUCAAAGGCCAACAAUACUAGCUCUGCUAACAUUAGCUGCAUUCUGUACACCAACUUCAAACAAGUGCUGCUGUAAUCCCUCCUUGAAUGGUGCUCUGUUUUGAUGGUUUGAUGGGACUAAAUGCAGUUAUGAUUUGUGUUUCAUUGGAUGUCAAAUUAUUUGUCUAGCAACAUUAAUGAAGGUCUUUGAGUUUGGCAAAUCCUCUAGCAUGUCAAUGAGACUGCUCCAAUGUCCAUGGUUGCCCACAUUAUGAAAAUCAGUUCAGAUUUGCAUGUUGCCAGUCUAACUGCCAAAUAUUUUUCCAAGGAUAGUUUCAAGCCAAAUAUUGAGGACCAUUUUGUCAUUUCCCUGUGGGACACACCAAAUUAAUGUUCUCUCAGUUCCCCAGAUCCAUGGUUUAAGACAGCGGUUCUCAGUUAGUCCAGCCUUAGGGCCCACCAGUCUGUCUUAAGACAGAUCAUGAUCCAAAUUUCAAAAAAAUGUUCAACAACACAUUUUUAGUUAAUUGAAUAUGUUGCAGUUUGGAGCAUGAUUGGACUAAAACACCUUAGAUAAUAAAGAAAAGGGAGAAAACUGACAAAUGUUAUACCCUCUGUCCCCAUCAUUAUGUCAUUUUUGCCAAUUUUCCAGAGAACUUGAGAAAUUACUUAAUUGUCAUGGGAAGAGUAGCCAUUUAUUGAAAGAAAAGGAGAUAAAUUAGUUGAAAUGUUGACCAAACAUUUAAAUUUACCCAAUUUCACAGUAAACAGGGUAAAAUAAAAGGUAUAGAUGCAUGUCCAAAAAGGACCUCUGCCGCCAUUUUUUUUUUUUUCCAGACACCUAGUCGCAACCCACUGAAAACUGAGAACCACUGGUUUAAGAAAUAUAUUUGGUUUCCAUGAUGAUUCCAGGUAAAUUGUUUCCACACUUAGAGGGGUCUUGAUGUAUUUUUGAUAGGGUCCCUCUGAACAUGUGUCCAAAACAGGCAAGAGCCUGGUGACACCCCCCGAAUGCCACAGCCAAUGCAACAGUUUCUGUUUACAUUUGGACUGCAGCAAGCAGGACUUAAAUGGGGAAAUAAAGUUUGCUUUUAGUAAUGAACUCAGUAUGAAUUCAUCACUUCUUCUCAUUGUCCAGACCAUCCCAGUCAAGAUGUCUUUCAGAUAACGUCCAUCAGUAGUUGCAGACAAAAUGUUAUCAUGUAAGUUGAACUAGAACAUUUUCCCUGGUGACUCUAGAGCUUUACUAAGCGGAACUUGACCAAUUCGCUCCCCGUUGCCCACCCAUUGUUGUUAAGAGGUAGAUGAAUCUGUUGGUUCACACGGAAUGUACUCAAGAAUCUGAAUGUAAUCAUCAUGUUUUCCCCAUUUCUGCUUGCCCAAAGAUUGUGGAGCUUUUUUGGUGCUUUAAAAAGGUAGACUUGCUUAGUCAUACGGUUUACGGGAUGUGACCGAUUAUGGCUUUUUAAGGCAGUCCGGGUAGCGCCUACUUUACCAUCCUAAAGCAGCCAGUAGCACCGGCCAUGAGAAGGGAGAGAGCUUCCAAGCCUGCCAACACGGUGGCAUCACACGGCCACUGACAACACAGCCAGGGAAGAGCAAGGGAUGGGCUUGAAAAUAGCGAAAAGUUUCAGACAAGAAGCCAGUUCUAGUCUGGGAGGUACUGUAUCAGCUGAGCAUCUCUACCUCACAUCCAUCCAUCCCUGCUCCCCCCUGUCGUUUCAUUUACUCGUUCUACUGGAUGCUCUCCCCCCUGUCUUUUACAAGUCUUUCACUGUUUUGUUUUUUGUCUGAAAUGUUCUCUAUGUAAGGGGUUCCCAAACUAAUGGGUGGUUAUGGGUAGCUUUGGGGUUUGUGUUUGAUUUUUUUAUACUAAGACUCCUUCUACCACUAAGCCCCGUGUGUGGGGAAUAAUCUCUGUCUUUCUCUGACUAUCUUCGCUUGCCUCAUAAUGGUUUGAAGCGUGUCCGUUUCUUGGAGUCUCGACCUUGUGUCCUUGUGUAACUUGAGUGUUUUGUCUUUGUCUCGUGUUUGAGUCGGACACUGCUGACGCUUGCAGGUUGGUUAAGACCGGAUGGGAGGGGUGGGACAGCGGCCUGGUGGAUGGUUAGUCCUUGAGUGCAGUCGGAGGGGAAGGUUCCCAAGCUUCCCCUUCAAGGACUCUCACCAAGUGUGCUCUGUUUCCUCUCUCCUAGCCUGGGAAUUUCAAUAAAACGCAGCCCGACUCUUCCUCUAACUUUAUCUAUCGCUUUUUGUCUUGGUGGGUUUUAGGCCUUGUUUCCAGGUCUUGCCCUAACCCCGGUAUACUCCCAGCUUUUUAACAGAUAAUCCAUCUUUCCCCAACCCUCUUCCUCGUCCAUGCUCUAUCUAAUCAACUCCUUGGUAACACACACAAAAAAUUGAAUGUUUACAUCACUCGAUUCUCCUUUGACUUUAUUAGGAACGCACACUAAGUACAAAGGCGCCUUAUUCAGUGUUUUAAAAGAAUAAAACAGCAAGCGAAGUGGCCAAGAGGGGCUAUGCCCCUUCUUCAGGCUCGCUGAUGUCCAAAAUUAACUAAAACAAUUUAGUGCUAUACAUACUGGUUGAGAAACAAGGUGUCAAAUAAAAAUAAAUGGAAAAAUGCAUAGAAAUUUAAUCAAAACUAAUCGUGAACAACUGAAUGAGUAUUUGUGCUUAGUAUGUAUACUACUAAAAAGUGAGAGAAUGUGCUGGUUUACAUAUUAAAAAAGAAUAUAUUAUAAUAUAUGAAUAUAAAAUGUGUAUAUAGCACUAUGCCUCGUUGUAAACAUAAAUUGUAUUGUGUGUUUUUUUGUUUUUUUUUAAAGGUGGCGGGUCAUAGUUGAUUGCUAAUCAGACAGGAGAUGGUCAGGUCAGUUUUGUUCUGAUGAGUUCAUGUUCGUUCAGCGCAGGGAGGAAAUUAAGGGACAAAAUUGAGUUGAAAUGACUUACACAAAGUCCAACACUGUUGUAAAAGAAAGACAAAAAAGAUCCAAGUAUCCCUUUAGACUACCACACUAGAAGGUUCUAUUUCUUUGCUGUUUAUGAAAUAUUUUUCAAUAGAUUUUUUUUCUGUUUUCUUAAAAGCAAUUUAAAAUGCAAUACAUAAUAAUCUUAUCUUUAAACAGCCUUUCCGAAAAAAAUAAACUGAGGUAAUAAUGUACAGUAUGUGGUGGAUGGUUGAACUACGACACGGGCAAAUCUUUGAGCUGCGGAUCCAAUAUGCUACUGAACUGUAUGUAGACUGCUGUUAAACUCACAAACACAGAAAAAGAAAAAAACUAUAGAGAAAAUGUGGUCAGCUGUGUCGUAAACACAUAUACAGAAGAAAUGGUACUAAUAUACUCUUGCACAAAUAAUGUCCCAAGUAGUGAAAUAUCUUUAAAAUCUUUUCUUCUCAUUGAAAGGACUACUAUGUUAUUACCACAUUUUGAUGGUGCACAGGUUCUGAAUUGCAUUGGACACUUCACUUGUAUCACGGUAACAGCUAAUAACUAUACAUCUACAACUGGUAAAGGAAGCUGGAGAUGAGAAAAGAGAAGUUUGUCGCUGGUUUGACCCAGUUAAAGUUUCAGACUAGUUGAUACAGAUUAAGUAGACACUGUAGAAAUCCCAAUUUCACUGCAGCACUGAAAGGAAGCAACGGACUGAAACAAGUGGGAUCAAAUGCAAGUUACAGAAUGAAGUAAUGGUCCGAAUAUGGUCACUGAAAUUUUAAGGAGUUCUGAAUUUGAAAAACCCUGCAGAUGCAUCAGGCUGCUACUGCUUUUGUUUGCAAGUACAAAUGGCCAAAUUGUGAGUUACUUGAACAAAUUAACAGGGUUUGAGAAGUGAAAAAGGGGGCUAAGGUGUAAAAAUGGCUAAUGCACAAAUGUUUAAGUGAAUGGUCAACAAGGUGGGGCUACAAAGAGAGCAAGUUUCAAUCAAAUGUUGGGCUGGAGUAACAGCGUAUCCUAAGAAGCGUCAACAUCAAAAUCAGCUUGAUGCCUAUUUUAGUAUCCUGUGAGUGAAGCAAUGUUUCUCACUCAACGCCCCAUUCUCAUUUUCCAUCUCUGUUGCUUGCACUGAGAUGGGCAAAGAACAAGGAAACAGAGAGAUGACAAGGCAUCGGGAUUGUCAGACAGGAAGAUUUCCUCAAUUUUCUUUCGCUUUCCUUACUCAACAGAGCUUGUCAGCUCGCUGUUCGAAGGCUAACCAUACCUGUGUUUAGAAUGUUUUAGCUCUGGCUUAUGUCAGCACAGGGGCAAAACUCUUUGGCUUUCAGCUGGCAAAGGCUCAAGCACCACUCUUGUUUUCUGCAUUCGAAAUGAAUUCACUAGACAGAUAAUUAAAUGUUUCACAAAUUUAGUUCAGUGCCACGCCAUGUGACACAGUGCGACACAAUGUGGCAUCAAACAAUGCAACCGGAUGCAAUGUAAUGCAGUGCAGUGUCUGGUGUUGUUAGGACUCUGUAAGCAGAACAAACAGACCUUGAGGGGCCACUAUUGUUGUUCUGAUCCGUCUUCUCACACAUGGCCUAUAACUGGGAACAUAAUAUGCAUGAAAAACUUGGUUUUAAGAUGAACUGCAUAUCUGCAAUUUAAAUGAUGAUGGAACCUGUGCCAUUUUCUAAAGUUUGCACUUUAGAACCCUUUUGCAAAGCUUAACACCAUUGUCUUAUAAACAAACAGCCAAAAUGAAACAAAAGUGACCAAUUUCAGCUGAAUUCGUUAUGAAAACAUGGCCGAAAAGGUACAGGGUGGGAGUUGGAUUUGGCCCUAAACUCCACGUGAAAGUGCAGCUGAUUUUGCUUCCCUACAGAUGAAUCAGUCAUUGGAAUAUUCUAGAGAGUGCAGCACAUUUUGGGAAUUCUGCAGUUGCUAUUGCUGUGCCUGUGAGGGUACCUUCAUUGUUUGGAGGUGAAUGACAUCCAAACCCCAUUUUUCAUCAUGGCAAGCCUUAAAACUCAAUCGGGGAGAAAACGAAGCUACCACGAGCUUUUGUUAUAACUGUUUCAACUCCUUUCCAAUCCAAUGUGGUUUUAUUAUUAAAUAAUUACUGACGUAAUUAAAACUUUUUCAAUAGCCAUAUUAUAAAAAGGUAUAUACAUAUAUAUGAAUAUAUAUUUGUGUGUUUGUGUAGAUAUCUAGAUGAUUAUAUACUUUCUUAUAGAAAACUUUGAUGUUGACCAUUCUCCUCAGUGUUUUGAGAACACGUUGACACAUUUCAGCAUAAUAAUACCGCUGUCCACUUGGUCUAGGUCCUAGGUCGAGGGACAACGAAUCCAAAUAAAAUAAAAAAAGUAAAAAAACAAAAAAAAUAACUUCCAAAGGGAAUAACCCCUGUCAGAAUGCAAUACCUUCUUUCCACUCUUCAUUUCAGAAAAAUGGAAAAUGGCAAGAAAACCAUAAAACUUGAUAGGCAAGUUGACCAAAAAAUAAAACCCUAAACAAUAAAGUGGCUCAUGAAGAAAUGUGGUUUUCAGCAGCCACGUCAUAUUCAGUUUUAUAGAUGUUGUGUUUCCAGUAUCAUGGCCCACUAAAAACACAUCUUUGUUUUUUUUUCUUUAUGUCACUUCCUGUUUCUUUGGUUCAGAAAACAAUGUAUCUGUCAGCUAAAGCCACACCAUGAGUUUAGCCCCUACCAGGACACGAGUGCUUGCAAUACCAGUUCUGAUUACAAGUCCCACUUCCUGUUUGAUCUGCAAAAUGGUUGUGUCACAUUUCAACAUCAACGGCUGUAAAAUACACAGAAACUUAUGGGUAAUCUGUUUAACUUGAUGGCAACAGUGAUGUCAAAUAGGCACUUAGUGGGGACUGCAAACUAUCAAAAUCUGCUUAAUGUGAGUGGGUGUUUUUUUGGUGGAAGAAAAUAUUUUGACAUAAAGGGCAUACAUUGUUUUUGUUGUUUUCAUUACUAUUGAUUUUAUUGUCUAUUUACAUCUAAUGACUAUCAAAUUCACAAUGAUUUUUCUUUUUUUAACUUAGUUUUUGGUAAAACAAAAAGGUAAAUACUGCUAGUGAGAUUUUAUAUUUUUACAUAUGUUGGUUUUAUUUUGCGUUUCUUCUUUUUUUUAUUUAUACGCCACUUAGUUUGGAUGUCUUUAAAUGGUGUUAUUUUCUCCGUUUUGUGUGAUUUCAUAUGUCUUGAGAAUGGAGACAAAGGCAUUUCAGUAUUUUUGAAUUGUUAAAAUCUAGUUUCAUAGAAGCGGAAGUAUCUGAUGUUAUAAAUUAUAUUUUAAUUCAUGUAAAUAGUUUAAAA